AUGUCCAAACUAACCUCAAUGGACGCCUGGACAAGAAGAACCCAAAGCGACACAAGCUCGCUCAGCGGCACAACCGGCGUCUACACGCCCACACACACAACAUCACCAUCCAACCUCGCCGCCAUCCCCCUCCCCGCACCCUUCUCCACAUACGGGGGUAUCGGGUCCGCGCCCGAAGCAGGCGAGACAUACAUGAUCCGGCACAUGGACACGGGCAAGGCCGUGACCCUUUCCGGCGGAGAACUAGUCCUACGAACCGACGCCGACGUAGACGGGGGCUGGCGAUGGCACUGCAGCGAGAGCCACGACGGGUGGUUGUACUUCCGGGAGACGGUGUCGGGGGUCUAUUUAGGACGAGACGGCUGGGGCGGAUUUCGGGCUAAGAAGCGGAGUCCGGGUGUGUGGGAGCGAUUGCUUAUCCGACCCCGCGAGGCUGGGGGAUGUAAUAUUUUUGCGAUUCAUUGGUGGAUAUUGAUGGCGAUGAGCACCGAGGACACGGACGGCAAGUUAUUUGAGACUAAUACGGUGGCGAAGGCUUCGCGGUGGGAGUUUGUGCGGGUGUGA